AUGGCGGCGGCGCUCGGCGGACUGCGCGACCACGCCCCUUCGGGCUGGGCGCGCUCACUGCUUUUGGCCACGCCCCCUCUGUCUUGGCCACGCCCCCGCCCCCCGGUGCCGGGCUGGGGUCGGGCACCGGGACCGGGGGCACCGGCCCCGGGCGCCCCCCCCGUGCCCCCCUCCGACCCCCCUGUCCCCGCAGGGCUCCUGGCAGCGGCCGGCAGGGGGGCACGGGGGGGGCCGCCCCCUGCCCUCACACGGCUCCCGCGGCGGGGCUGCCACCGGGCACCCCCGGGACCCCCCCCGGAACCCCCGGGACCCCUCCCGGGCCCAGCGGGGCCCCCCCCGGGGCAGCUGCCCGAGGGCGUGGAGUACAUCCCCACGCGGAAGAAGGGCAAGAACCCCAUGAAGCCGGUGGGGGUGGCAUGGGCCCUGGGGCUGCCCUGCGGCAUCCUCCUGUUCCUGCUGGUGAAGCGCGAGGUGGACAGGAACCGCCUGGAGCAGCUCCGGAUCCGCCAGCAGAUGCUGAGAGCCACCCAGGGCGACUACGAGACCGAGCGCUACCGCAGGGCCUAGCCGGGACCCCCGCAGCCCCA